AUGUCGACCGAUACGCCCCAAACACCCAGCCAAACAAGCACCCCCCCAAACCGCGACGCCGACUUCCAGCGCUUCAAAAACUACGCCGCAAUCUCCUUCCUCGUCGCCGCACCGGUCCUAAUGGCCCUCCCACCCCGCAAGCUAGACCACCUGACCGUCCUCUUAACCGGCGCGUUCUGCGCAUCCGCAAACCACAUGACCCGCGAGCGCACAGGGCGCAGUAUACUAGAGCGCCUUGGGGACCGGGUAUCGAGUUCGAGUACGCAUAAUCCCAACCCUUCUUUCCUGGGGAGUGGGGAUUUGCCGUCGGAUAAGGCGAGGGAGAUCCAGGCGAAGGUGCGUGCUGCGCGGGAGGCGAGGAUGCAGGAGGAGAAUGUUGGGAGGGAGGAGAUGGAGCGGUUGAAGGCGCAGAAGGAGCAGGAUCGGAGUGUGUUGGAUAGGUUUUGGAACGGGAAUGAGAAGGGUGGGUGGAAGGAGAGGAGGUUACGGGAGGAGCAGAAGGCGUUGGAUGAGGGGAGGGGGUAUGGGGAUUUGAUCAAGGACCAUAUUUGGGAGGUUUGGACUUGGGGGGAGAAGAAGGGGGAGGAGGAGGAGGAGGAUGAAUGA